AUGAAGGAGGUAGUGAGAAAGGAAGUCGUGAAGCUAUUAGAUGCAGGACUUAUUUACCCGAUAUCAGAAAGUUCAUGGGUGAGCCCUGUUCAUGUGGUACCUAAAAAAGGAGGUACAACGGUGAUAGCUAAUGAAAAGAAUGAGUUGAUUCCUACCAGAACGGUCACUGGGUGGCGGGUGUGUAUAGACUACAGAAGACUAAAUUUGGCCACAAGGAAAGACCACUUUCCGUUGCCAUUCAUUGACCAGAUGUUAGAAAGAUUGGCCGGGCAUGACUAUUAUUGUUUUCUGGAUGGGUACUCUGGAUACAACCAAAUUGCGGUUGCACCGGAGGAUCAAGAGAAGACGGCCUUUACUUGCCCAUACGGUAUCUUCGCUUAUAGAAGGAUGUCGUUCGGGUUGUGUAAUGCCCCAGCGACAUUUCAAAGAUGCAUGACUUCCAUCUUUGCUGAUAUGCUUGAGAAGCAUAUGGAAGUCUUCAUGGAUGACUUCUCUGUUUUUGGUUCCUCAUUUGAUAACUGUCUAGCUAACCUUUCACUUGUUUUGCAGCGAUGUCAAGAAAGUAAUCUGAUCCUAAAUUGGGAGAAGUGCCAUUUUAUGGUACGAGAAGGCAUUGUUCUUGGUCACAAGAUUUCCCACAGGGGAAUCGAAGUCGAUCAAGCUAAGGUGGAAGUUAUCUCAAAAUUACCACCACCUGUGAAUGAGAAAGGUAUUCGGAGUUUCUUAGGCCAUGCGGCAUUCUACCGUAGAUUCAUAAGGGAUUUUUCAAAGAUAGCCAAACCUCUGACUACUUUGUUGGUUAAAGAUAAGACUUUUGUAUUCGAUAAAGAGUGUGCCGAUGCAUUUGAGACACUGAAAAAUAAACUAGUGUCGGCACCCAUUGAUUCGAAACCCAGGCUCCUGAGAUGGAUUUUACUUCUCCAAGAGUUCGAUGUAGAGAUCCGCGACAAGGAAGGGUGUGAGAACACUGUUGCAGAUCAUCUUUCGCGGAUGUCACCCAUUGAGGAGACAGAAGAGCGGCGUCCAAUAAAGGAUGAGUUCUAUCUAUGGGACGACCCAUACCUGUACAAGAGAGGAGUAGAUGGGUUGAUACGACGAUGUGUUCCUGAGGAGGAGCAAAAGGAUGUGUUGAGAGCAUGUCAUGACUCUGAAUAUGGAGGUCAUUUCAGUGGGGAUCGUACUGCAUCCAAAGUCUUGCAGUCAAGAUUGUACUGGCCAUCAUUGUUCAAGGACUCCCAAGAGAUGGUCAAGGAAUGUGAUAAGUGUCAGCGUACUGGGAACAUAUCAAAAAGAAAUCAAAUGCCUCAGAAUUUCAUGUUAGAGGUAGAGUUAUUCGAUGUUUGGGGAAUUGACUUCAUGGGUCCGUUUCCACCAUCAUUCGGGAAGAACUACAUCUUAGUUGCAGUGGACUAUGUAUCGAAAUGGGUGGAGGCGGUAGCUUUACCAACUAAUGAUGCGAAGGUAGUAGUCAAGUUCUUGAGAGAAAACAUAUUUUCAAGGUUUGGAGUACCGAGAGCGCUGAUAAGUGAUGAAGGAACUCACUUCCUCAAUCACCUCAUGGAGAAGCUUCUUCAGAAGUACAAUGUGAAGCAUCGGAUAACCACUCCUUACCACCCUCAAACUAGUGGUCAGGUAGAGGUGUCUAAUAGACAGCUCAAACAAAUUCUAGAAAAGACAGUGAGUUCGUCACGAAAGGAUUGGGCAACAAAGCUAGAUGAUGCGUUAUGGGCUUACCUAACGGCGUUCAAAACGCCCAUCGGGAUGUCACCAUACCAGCUUGUCUACGGAAAAGCAUGUCACCUGCCUUUAGAGCUUGAACACAAGGCAUUUUGGGCAACUAAAUUCUUGAAUAUGGACUUAUCUCUAGCAGGAAAUUCUAGAAUUCUGCAGUUGCAUGAAUUAGAAGAGUUUCGGAAUCGUGCAUACGAAAAUGCCAAAGUUUACAAGGAACAGACCAAGAAGUGGCACGAUAGGAGGAUCCAGAAAAAAGAGUUUUGGGAGGGACAACUGGUCCUUCUGUACAAUUCCCGCUUGAAGCUAUUCCUGGGAAAAUUGAGGUCCAAAUGGUCGGGACCAUUUGUGGUUCAUAAGGUGUUCCCUUACGGAGCAGUUGAAAUUAAGAAUCAAGCUAAUGGAGACAUCUUCAAAGUUAAUGGGCAGAGACUAAAGCCAUAUUUCCAAGGUCAACCAGUUGGACAGGUGGUAGAGUUUGGACCGGUAGACGAAACUCGAGUAACAAGGCACGGAGAUUGA